AUGCCAGCCUCUGUACACUCUCAAGACCAAGACCAGUCCAUGAUGGACACUGCUCCUCAGGAGCUAGAACAGCAACAGGACUAUGAACAGGAGGAAUUUGAGCUUGAGGAAAAGCGUAUUGUCGUGCUACCGGGUGCCACCGAGACUGCAGCUUCGUUCCAGUUCGAAGGCGAGGGCCAUACCCUGGGAAAUGCGUUACGUUAUGCCAUCAUGAAGAACCCCGAAGUUGAAUUUUGCGGAUACACGAUUCCGCAUCCCUCGGAAGCUAAGAUGAACUUGCGUAUCCAGACCUACGGUAUGUAUUUCUGCCACACAUUGGCACGGUUUGAUGGAGCUGACAGGAAUAUCGCAGAUUCCACAACUGCAGUUGAAGCCCUGGAGAAGGGCUUGGAGGCUUUGAUGGACCUCUGUGAUGUCGUCACAGACAAAUUCACAUCGGCGCGGGAUGCGUUCAAUGCCGCCCAGGCUGAUAAGAUGACCUCGUGA